UGUUCCUGCUUCUUCUCUCUCUGGUGCCCCUGCUCCAGGUGUCCCUCUUUAAUUCCUGCUUCCCCUCCCUCUGAUGCCUCUGCUCCAGGUGUCCCCCUUUCAUUCCUGCUUCUUCUCUCUCAGGUGCUUAUGCUCCAGGUCCCCUCUCUAGGGCCUCUGCUCCAGGUGGACACCUCUGGUCUUUACAAUGGCAAAUAGCACUGUAUGGGGCCUGGAGUUAUCUAUGGCAGAAGACCAAGUUGGCGGACAGAAUUGGGAGUACAAGCUCCAACUCAUAACAUAUGCGGGGCUUUAAAUUCCGACAUCACGUUGUCUUUGGCAUCUUUGGGUAUCAAGAGUGAAUUCAAGCUUACAUCCCCCAAAAAAGACAUGCUGAUUGCGAAGACUGAAAAUGGCACAGUGACUUUCAUGUUGAACGGCAAAUACGAGCUUCAUGAUAAUGGGAAAAAACUGGUCAUAAAAAAUGUGACUGAAGACGAUGCUGGAAUAUACACAGUUGACAUUACUUUAAAUGAAGAUGGUGAAAUGAGAACUGAGACCUUUAACGUCACCAUUUGUGGUGGUGACCAAGAUAAGUCUUCAUUUCCAACGCCAUCUCCUUCGGAUCCAAUUACACAAAGGAAACAUAGAUGGAUAAUCAUAGUCUUCUUCAUAACUGUGUUGAUAUUAUCUGUGGUGGUGUUGUGGAAGUGUUGGAAGAGGUCAUCAUACCCAAGUGGACAAGGUGACCAGAAUAAUGAAGACCACGUGAAUGUUCCUAUUCAAGAAGCACGUGACCAGAAUAAUGAAGACGACGUGAAUGUUCCCAUUCAAGAAGCACACACUGAAGAGUCUUCAUUUAUCAAUAUCCAUCAAGGGAAGUCUGAUGAUCCAAGGUCAAAGACAAACCAAGCUGCGACGACCACAACUCCGUAUAUUGAAGUAGAAUCAACUGGAACAGAGAAGAUCAUUGUGUCUUCCUCUCUUUAUUAGGCUUUUUAGGCUAUGGGUAAUGUUUUUGCUGCCUAGGCCACUGAUUGGACCAUUAAACAGUGACGUUUGUGAUGGAGAGCACUAAGAUUUUCCACGAGGAACAUAUUUUUCAAGAUUUAUACAAUGAAAGUUUUUUAGUUUGCACCAUUUCAUCAAAUAAUGUUUCCCCUUGAUUAGUGGAUGAAGCCUUGAUCAAAUUUCAACUUGGAGCCAUACUUGGGAAAGGCAAUGGUGCCAUCCUCAUACCGUGGUCUGAGCUGACCAUCACUUGCAUCACUGACCAUUUCUUCUUCCUCCUUGGAUAUGAUACUUGAGUAUAAAGUUGCCUAUUUAUUACCUUUCAUUGAAGUUUCUGUAUAAUAGUAUUUUUUAGGAGAAACCAUUUCAUGAAAGGAUGUUUCUUCUUGAUUAGUGGAUGAAGCAUUGAUCAAAUUUUAACUUGAAGCCAUAAUUGGCAAAAGCAAUGGUGCCAUCUUCUGUGUCAUGCUUCGUACCAUGGUCUGAGCUGGCAACUCUUAUCUAUGGUGCCUUACAUUCUGUGUGUUCAUGUUUUAUCAGUCAUUUUAGCCAAGAUUUAAACAUUGUGGCUAGAGAUGAGUGAAGUUUGACAAGAAAUUUGAUUAAUUACAAAUUAAUUUAUCAUGAAUCGCUAUUUUAAAACCCUAUUCAGCCUAUAGACCAAUGGGACCAAUUUUUAAUGGCCACUUACAGAGAAGUGCACCCGUUUAUUGGCCGUUAAAACAGUAAUAAACUCGGGCAAUAUGGCCUUUUGAGUUAAAAAAAUAAAAAUAAAAAAAAUCACUCCCCUCAUCCACUUGCUCGCGCAGAGGCAGUAUGCUCCUCUCCUGAGUGGAGAAGACCUGCCGUAGGACCUGCACUGAGCGCAAUUAUGUCACCAUGUGAUCAUCUUGGGAGAGCUUGGGGACGUCAUCACGCUCAGUUAAUGUCCUUUGGCAGGUCUUUUCUACUCAAGGAGCAAGUGGAUGAGGUGAGUAUUGUCUUUUUUCUAAGACAACUCUAGCCACCAUUUUAGGAAAAAAUUAUUCAUUACCACGAAGCUCAAGAAAAUUCGGCCUCGUGGCAAAUCAAAUUUUGCCUAAACUUCAAAUAAAAUUCUACUUUAGAUGCUUCAAUUUGCCCACCACUAACUGUGGCCAAUGAGUCCACCAUGAGACAGUUCAUAUGAAACAUCCCACUAGCAACAGAAGACACUAAACUGGUCAACAAAAGAGACAGGCCAGUUUCAGAUGAAAAUUUCCAACCUGGCCAAACACGUUUUUGGUAGACAGAAGUCUGCUGUUGGCCAUCAGGCUAGUUUUUCAAAUAAUGGUCAGCUAAAAUAGCCAAAGUCAGGAGUUCCGGCCAACAUUUGUCUCAUGAAUGGGCGCCUAAGGAUGUCACUCAAAUCGUAAGAUACCCAAACAUACUGUUUGUUGUUUGAAAAUGCGAAAAUUUGGACCAUUAAAUGCAAAACUACAUGUACUGUAUAUGGCACAUGACCGCUGGACUUUGCUCAUUUGCCAUUGUGCUGAAAGACCAGGGAGUCAGGAUAACCAAUUUUGUCUUGCCUGUUGUAUGAAUGAUCCUACAGUUGACUAAUCGGCCAUGACAAUGAGAAUGGAGACAUUCAUCAUCAUUGUCAUGUCAAGAAAGUGGCUGAUGGUUCUGGUGGGACAAUCUUAGAUGAACUUUAGCUCAGACUUACUCAAGUUUUUGGUUAUAGGUCCUAUAUCUGAUAGCCUUUCUAGUUGUAAAGUUUAAAGCAUUAACAUAGUCUCUAAAGUAAGUGACCCCUUUCUAAUGCCAGCUGUACAUGGGAUUCUCCUUAGCACAACAUCCAUUGGUGCUGUUGUAUCUGAGACACAUGUUCAUCUCAUGGUCAACCUAUAUUUAUCUUUGUCCACCCAAAGUUGAACGAUCUUCCCUGCGAUGUGCCAAAUUCAUCAAAUGUUGUUUACAUAUUUUUAUAUGUAUAAAUCUAUUUUUCAAAUUUAUUUAAAUUAAUAACUUAUUGAUAUAAAAUAUUUAUUAACUGCCCUUCAGGACUAUACGGGUAAUAAUGAAUUUUUUGUGUGUUGAUAAGCUAGGUUUCUUGAUGAUGGGGUCAUCAAGUUGUAUGGGAAAUUAUAUGAUUUAACGGUUUUCACCAAAAGCUUGUGGGUUUUCAUAAAUUUAGAACAAUUAGAUGGAAGAACCUCACAGGAGGGCAGAUAUAUGGGCAAAAUAUUAUGAUCCAGAUCCAGUGCCCUUCCAUUCCCAUGUCUUAAAAUUGAUGGCUUUAAUAGUUAAUGUCAUGUCAUCAUAUGUAUUUAUUGCAGGUCCUCCACAUUGUGCAUUUCAAUUUCUAUGCAACUGUUUAUGGUUCACCAGUAGGUGGCAGCAAACAUGGCAGAGCUACAGCUACAAUAUAUAUAAUAAAGUAUUUUUGCAUACAUAUACUUUUUAUUAUUAUAUAAACCGCUAUCACAUUUAUAAAAAGUUAAAAUCCUAUUAUUUCAUAUAUAAUAUUUUCAUUAAUCUCUUCCAGCAUUAAUGUACAUAAAAAAUGUGGAGCUCACGCAUAUAAUUAAAUAAAAUAUGAGUUUGGAGUACUCUAAUAAUAAUGGAUUACAAUAUUCACAGAGUGGUAUAUAUCACACUGUAAUACAGAGAUCAUUAUAUCUUAUUAGUCUCUCUAAUGAGGUAUAUUGAGUCCUUUAAUAAACUAUAUUGACUCCGGUAAUUACAUGUGGCUACUUUGUUACACUUACCGCUUGUUGGAACCCUCCUGGUUCAGAUAGUUAUAAUGGCGCCCAAUCCUCCUCGCUUGUGGGUGCUCGAUCCUCCUCUUUAGUGGCCUCAAUGCCAAACCUCGCUAUUUUAGCGUAUUAUAUUAUACGGAGUAUACAGUUUCUUAUAGAUAUGUAGGAAAAUGUGUUGUAGU